GAUUUCCCGAUUGAUUCAAACGGACUCUUUCUCAUUAGUAUGGUAUAAUUCUUAUCACGCAUUCUCUUUUUUUUUUUGGUUGAUGGUUGAUUUCAUCAGGGCAAAGUGGGGAUGGGAUGCCGGAGAAUUUUUUUUGAAACGCAUCAUUCAACUCGAUCAUCUCAGGAAGCUGUGUUCUAAUUUUAGAUUGCUUUUAGGUAGAAAUCAACAUUUGCCCAAUGUUCAGGUACCCGGUAUGAAGAUCGUUUCGGCUUUAGUCUCUUGGCGUAGCCAAGUCAUAGACUAGUGUCAUUCGGUCGCGAUUUGUCUAUAUAAACCGGUCGUUUGUCUCCACGAAAUUCGAAUCUUCAUCCCAACAAACAACAAAAAACCACUUCUCUUAUCACAACUAUGAAAUACACUACCUUCACCUCUUUGAUCGCUCUCUUCGCCGCUGCUUCUACCGUUCAAGCUGCCCCUCAGCAACCCGCUGGUGGUGGUGGUGAUGCUGGUGCUGCUCCUUCUGCCGGUGGUGGUGAACAAGGUGGUGGACAAGGUGGCCAAACCGGUCCUGUCUCGAUUACACAGCCUACUCAGGGUACUACCUGGCCCGCCGGUUCUUCUCAAACUGUUACAUGGCAGAAGCCUCAAUCCAACAUUGACAAGCUUGUCAUCAACUUGAUGAAGGGUGAUCCCAACGCUUUGCAAAUGGUUCAAGCUUUGGCCAAGGACAUUGAUGCUUCCAAGGGUUCUACCAAGGUUGAUAUCCCUAAGAACGUGACUUCCGGUUCCGACUACUCCUUGGCUGUUGGCAAGGACCCCAGCCAAAUGGCUUACAUUGGUGGUUUGACCAUUGGUGAUAAGGGUAGUGCUUCAUCUUCCGGUGACAGCUCUUCCUCUUCCGCGGCUCCUUCGGGUGAUUCCAGCUCUUCUGGUGGUUCUGGUGCUGAUGCUUCGGCUGGCGGUGCUGGUGGCGAUGAUGCUUCCGCUGGUGGUGCUGGCGGUGAUGCCUCUUCUGGUGGUGACAGUGGUGCUGCUGCCCCUGCUGCUGUCAAGCGCCAAGCCGAUAGUGGUGCCGCUGCUGGUGGUGACUCUUCCAGCGCUGGUGGUGCUUCUGGUGACUCUUCUUCUGGUGGCGCUUCGGGCGCUUCUGGUUCUUCCGGAUCUUCUGGUGCUGCCGAAUCUGGUGCAGCUGGUGGUGCCGAUGCUUCUGGCGCUUCUGGUGCUUCCCCUAGUGGUGGUGCUGAUGCUUCUGGUGCUGAUGCCUCUGGUGCUAGUGGAUCUUCGCCUUCUGGUGCUGCCGGUGCUUCUGGCGCUGAAGCCUCUGGUGCUUCUGCUUCUGGCGCUUCCGGUUCUUCUGGUUCCAGCUCUGGUGCUUCAGGCUCUUCUGAUUCUGCUGGAUCUUCUGGUGCUGCCGGUUCUUCUGGUUCUUCCGGUUCAUCUGGCUCAUCUGAUGCUUCCGGUUCCAGUGGUAUGUCUGACUCGUCUUCCACUGGCUCUGGCGCCGAAUCAUCCUCUUCUGGUGGUGCUGAAUCCGCUGGUGUUAUGAACUACGCCAAGCCUGCUCUUGCUAUUGCUGCUCCUGUGGCUUUGGCUCUCACCGCUUUCUAAGUGCAGUAAUCAAAAUAUUACUGAAUCUCCCUGUCGCAAUGUAGAUUUUCUCCUUUUUUCCUUUUUCUGUAUUUGUUUAUUCAGUAGUUAAAAAA